UUUCUUCUUCUUUACAGUUUGUGUAUAAAUUCAGAAAUCCACUUGGCAAUUACCCACUUAUCUUCUCUCUCUCUCUCUCUCUCUCUCUCUCUCUCUCUCUAGGAUAGGAUAGGAUAGGAUAGAAUAGGAUGAUCUGUUGUUGUUGAGAGGUGAGACCGAGUAAGUGUGGAGUCUGGUGGAAGGUAGGGGCUGGGCUGAGCUGGGAGUGUGGAGUCCCAGCCUGGGACCUUGAAGAUGGAUUGGCUGCACAAGUUAAGGAAGGCAUUGCUUGCUCUCUCUGCCACCCUCAAACUUCGUAAAUCUCUUGGUGGUGGUGUUGCAGGGAGUGUUGGCGGCGAGUGUGGUGGUGGAAUAGGUGGUCUGCUAAAGCUUCAGGAUGAUGUACAAAUGUGUGGAUAUGAAGAUGUACAGAUUAUGUGGAACAUGCUCAGCAAAGCUCAACACGAAGAGGUGAUCGUGUCAUCAACCACGACAACAACAAAGCCAAAUCAUAAGCGAAGACAUGCAAAGACCCCAGUUUUGGUCAGAUUGGAAACUUGCUCAGUAGAGAAAGCCAAACAUUAGUGUGUGUGUGUGUGUGUAAGUAUAUGUGUGGUGUAUAUGUAAUGGUGGUGUAUAUAUGGAUGGGGGAGUAGAGAAAGAAAUGUGAGUUGGUAUACAAAUUCUGUAAAUAUAGUUCUUAGGCCCCUCUCAAAUGUAUAUGAAUCACUGUAACCACUACAAACAUUAGAGUAGUUACAAGCAAAAGUUUCUUCCUUUCCAGAA